GGCUGCUCGAAAGACGAUAAAAUUUCGGAGGAGGGCAUCACAGGUUCUUGGUAUUCCUUCCCAGCCGGGUUUCCCUAAUGCACGACCGCUGCGAGACCUGAUGUGGUCACUGUUGAACCGGGAGAAGAGGAAAACUACUACAGAGCACCGUGAAAGCAAUAUGAGCUAGUCGGGCUAUUCCCGUGCACCUCCCUGCAGAAGAGGGCUUGGCAGUAGUCCUUCAGGUGCUUCAUCAGAAAAUGCCUGCUAGUGCAGGCUUACUGGUUAAUGCUUAUGCGCACAGACUGGGCUGUUGGCACCUUUGGAGAAGAGAGCGUGGAACGGAGAGCAGAGACCGCACUUCCAACUUGGAGAUUGCUGGUGCUUAAGGUUUUCCACAGGUACAUAGGUAUCUCGCACUAGCCAGAGGUGGUUUCUUCCUUGACUCUUCACAGGUCGUGAGCAAGGCUUCUGCAUGCUGUGUACGAUGGAAGCUCACGUUAAGCAUGUCCUGUUCUGCUCUGACAAUGCCGUCGAGCCUACGGCUGUCUUCAGUGACCUUAGACGAAUAGGGGAGCAUUUCUGUUUUGGCAGACAGGAAGAUGCUCACGAAUUCUUAUGUUACACCGUGGCUGCUAUGCAGACUGCUUGCUUGAAUGGAAGCACCAGCUUGGACACGUCGUCGCAAGCCACCACGGUCAUUCACCAAAUAUUUGGAGGAUUCCUAAGAUCCAGAGUAACGUGCUUGAGCUGCCAAGCAGUUUCAGAGUCCUAUGAGGCCUUCCUCGAUAUCCCGUUGGAGAAGCAGAAGUUACCCUUUGCUUUGCUUCAGAAAGACAAACGAGACGAGGAGACGCAGCUCUGGGUUGUGCAGCUAAUGAACCCUGAAGUCACCCAAAGCUUGGAAAAGAGUACCUUUGCUUCUCAGAGCGGAAUCUGUGUCAUUCUGUUCAGCUAG